GCAAUUUCGCCACCGGUUCUCUUUCAUCUUUCAUCUCGCGAUUACCGUCCUAUAGCUAUAGCGGACCUUUAUCCGCGCAUGCCGGGUGGAGUGACGUCCACUACGGUCGCGUCAACUCGAGUGACACGGUCGCGACUAAGGAGGGACGCGCGCCGCAUCGAGGAAGGAAGAUGAGGGGUGUAAGGAAAAAAAAGAAAACACACUUCUGACAAGAAUCCGACGUGUAUGAUGAAAGGGGCUUAUUAGUAUGCUGGAUAAGCGACGGCUCCAUGCUUCCGGUACGUCGCCAUGCACCCUCAUCUUCGUGGUCAUUCUGGCACUAACUGGAUGCUUCUCGUUCUGGAUUCACAUCGAUGGUUCAGGAUCACCGAUCCCUUACUCCAGCGGCGGUGCGGCCGCGCCAGGAUAUAUCCUUAUAUUUCCCGGAAACGUUACGCCCUCCGUGCAGCCCUACUCGAUAAACGAACUUCCGUCCGAUGAUAAAUCCACGCUGAUCAACAUCACGGACUUCAGAUUCACCAUGAACCACAAUCCCUGCAAUCGCACGCAACCGUUGCUGCUAAUGUUAGUUCACUCGGCGCCGGGGAAUUUCCUGAAGAGACACGUCGUGCGAGAGACCUGGGGUCAACAAGCGCCGGACGUGACUUUAUUGUUUCUCGUGGGAUACUCGGAGGAAUAUCAAUCUAAGCUCGAAGAGGAGAACAAGAAAUAUCAAGAUUUAAUACAGGGAAACUUUCUUGAUGCCUAUAGAAACAUGACCUACAAGCACGUUAUGGGAUUAAAGUGGGCUACCUAUUACUGUCCAAGUGCCAAAUAUAUUCUUAAAUUAGACGAUGACGUUUUUGUUCAUUUACCGGCCAUGCUGGACUUUCUAACGCGUGGCCUCUCGCCGUGGGGUGCAAGACGUCUGAUUCUCUGUGAUCUUCUGUCGGCUUCCACAGUGAAGAGAUCCUGGCGCUCAAAGUGGCGCGUCUCUCCUCAGGAGUAUCCCGGUAGACUUUAUCCCGCGUAUUGUGCCGGAUGGGCAAUCUUAUACUCCCCCGAUAGUGUAUUUAUAUUGUACCGCGAAGCCCAGAAGGAGCCGUACUUCUGGAUCGAUGACGUGCACAUUACCGGGACACUGGCUAGGAAAGUAAAUUUAACGCAAACCUCAUUACACUCUUGGGUGCUUACGACCGAGAGCAUGCGGGACCUGUUGUCGAACCCGAGUACUCGACGAGAUUUUCUGUUUGGGCCUCCGGAUUUAACGGAGAGCGGGAUACGAGCCUUACAUAGUCUGGUUACUAAACCACGGCCUAGUAGCGAAAGCCUAUUGAAUUAAACAUGUCUAAUAGAACAAUUUCGGUUAUAUUUCGGGCGCGAUGUAACAUGAGGAAGAGAGGAGAGAGAAGAAAUAUGAGCAAUGAAUGUUCUUAUACUUUCCGCGUAUCUUAAUUCUAUAUACAUGCGUGUAUCUGUACAAUAGUCCAGUAAGUGUUCGAUUAUUUGCACAAACGCCAUAUUAUGCAUAAUGCAUAUGUAAUAGUGCGUUACAUAUAUGUGCAUAUGUGUGUAACAUAUUGUUACAUGGUGUGUAAUAUUAUACAUAUGAUGUGUAACAAAAUAUUAUGGAAUUUACAAUUGUCUUAUUUAAGCAAGGAUUGAAACCGGUAUAAUUUCAUUGAAUUCAGUUUCUCGCACUAAAGUGCAAUGUUACACCAAUUGUCACAUUUCCAGUGUCACGAAUAACAUAGGGAUCAAACUUUGCUGAUUUGUCGAGAAUUAAAGUUCAAACUCAAAUCGUUGAAUAAAGUACUGAUUUCAAUCCCUAUAUCAAAUAUUUAUAUAGAACAAUACUCAGAGAUGAAAAGAAAAUAAUCUCACUUUUAAAGUUUAAGAAAAAAAACUCGUCCUUUUCUCUUCUAGAUUGCUAAUUUGUAAUCAGGGCUUGUAAUUGAACAUUGUUUCACGUUAAAAAUAAUUUUCAGGAUAUUAUGUUCUUGAUUGUAUAUAUGCUUCAGAUUUUUUAAAUUUCUUAAUUAUUCAAGUCAUUAUUGCAUAAGACAGAUAACAGUAUCUAAUAAUUUGCAGCACAAUUGCAAUUGAUACCUGAUUUUUCAUGUACAGAUUGUAGUAAUUCAACCGUCUCUGGCUACUAUAUAGGACAUACGCACAUAUGCACGCACAUACAUGUAUAGAUCUCUAUGUUAAACGAGGGAGAGGAUCGACAAGAAUGUUUCUCGUUAUUCAAAACAAAUUUAAUGACAUUUUUGUUUGCAAAAUCUGUCACGCAAAAUAGAAAAUUCUACGAUUAUAUUGUAAUUAUAUUGAAAUGAGAAUCAAUUAAUUUUUAACAAACCGUUAUGAGCCCUGAUUAUUGCAUAUAUUGAAUUAAGUUAAAUCUGGUAUGAGAAAUCACAAAAAUAUUCUAAUUUAAAAAAAUGAAACACAGCACAUAUUUUUUUAUUUAUAUUUAUAAAAAUGCCAACACAUUAUAUGGGGAGAGUAAUAUUAGUAUAUUUAAAGAGUUUUACGUAUCUCGUGAUGGAAGACAUUCUUCUCUCGCAGUGAUAGAAAUUUGCGAGAUACGAGUGUGUUAUACUUUAUUGUAAAUUUAUUAAUCGGCGACAAGAGAUGAGGGAGUUCGUACAUGGAGCCACACUUGUGAAUGUACUUAAAUGUAAUGUAAUUAACGAACAAAUUUAAGAUAUUAUAUUGUUAUGCAAUUAACGAAUCGAAUUAAUAUUGUUAUGUAGCAACAAGUACAACCCCAAAACAAGGGUCCACUCACAAUUAGAUACAGAGAUCGCAGAUAUCUGUCUGUUUUUGAAUGUCUAUAAAUUUUUUAUGUGAAUCCGUUUUCUUUUCUUGUCUUCUUUUGAUCACGAUUAUAUUCGGUACUAUAAUAAAAAGUACGUGUCUGCAAAUUGUAACGUGUCAAGAAAUGUAAAAUUGUCCAUUUAGCUUUUAGUUAUGUUUAGUGAUUUCUGUAGGAUAUCGAUGAUCGAUGUGACAACUCCGAUAUUACUUCGCACUUCGCAUUGUAUUAUCUCUCUUUCAAUCUGAAAAUACAACGAAUAUGUCUACGGAAUAAAACACGCAGAAUUCCACUUGCUAGCACGUUAUAUUCGGAGCCGAAUUUUUUCUUGUGAUAUAACGGAGAGACGAUUCGGGCUCUACCGUCAACUCAAGUAUUUGCAAAUUCCGAAACUAGGCAGCAUAUUCGUAUAUUACAGUAUAGGAUAAAAAGAUCUGAUGAUAAUAUUAAUUAUUUAAGGAUUUCAUGCAUUAUAUUCCUCUCGACGUGGAUAUUCUCAGACGUUUUUACUGAUGUAUCAAGUUUUUUCUCAUAUAUCAUCUUAUUUAUAUAUUGUUUUCGGAAAGAGCAAGUAAUCUCUCUAUCGCGAUAAUGUCAAGUCGCAUAGUAUAAUUCUUGUGAUGGAAUAAAUACUUAUAAUUUCAAUAAAUAAUGGAUUAUUUAA